AUGUUGUUGGCUUUCAGUGAGCAGACAAAGGGUCAGAAAUUUCCAGUGAAUGCCUCAGAUCAGAAAAUGCUCGAGAUAGUCAUGGACAGGUAUGAGAAGGAGCUCAUGCAUCCUAUUCAAAACCUUGUCAGUGGAGAGUUGGCUCGGGCUAUGCUUAUUCAGGUUCAGAAGCUGAAACUGGAUAUUGAGACUGCAAUGCUGGAGCUAAACCAAAUUCUACGUGCAAAUGAAAUCAACUUUGCUGUUUUGGCUGCUUUACCUGCCUUCUUUGUCUCCCUUUUACUCAUUAUGUUAAUCCGGGGAUGGUUCAAACGGGAUACAAAAGCUGAAGGAAGAGGUAGAAUUGCUCGGAUUCAAAGGAGGCUACUUGUUGCAAAAGCUGAGGGAAUGCUAGUUGAUCGGUCAUAUCUUGCAGGCAUAGAAAAGGUUACCAAAGUAGAGCAAGAAAUAGCCGAAGAUAGAUUCCGGAAAUGGGCGUGUAGGUAUUGUCCUGAUGCUAGGCAUAUGAAUAUCGGAAGCGAAAUACAGCUGCGCCAAUUGCUUUUUGGUGGUACUGUGAACAGAAAAAACUCCAGUCUAUCACUUCCAACUGAACGAAUAUUCAAAAUUCCCAAUGUUGAUGGAGUGAUUGAAGAAGGCAAGAAGGCUCCCAAAAAAUUCCGCGAUAUGAAGGUGAAAAGCCUAACUUGA